AUGGCGACUUCCGCUGGGGAUUUGAAUGACAUAGCCAAAGUCCACUUCCAUGACCUUCCAACUCCUGAAUUUGACUCACCAUCACCUGACUUUAAUGCCUUGAGCAAAUUCCCAUCACAUCUUCAGCCAUCGUGGGAUGCUUCUAUGCUUCUUCGCGAGCCCAUUGCUUCUUUCUUACGCAAUAUCUCAUCAAAAGCAAAACGAGUCAUUGUUGUUCAUGAUCCUUUAAUGUCUUAUAAUGCUCAGGAUGUUUCUUCUUUGCCCAAUGUUGAAUCCUAUGUACCCUCCCUUGAAGGAAUUAUGGCAGAUAAAGCCAGGGACUUUUCGACUUAUCAGCAUCAGUAUAUGGAUAUUAGAUCAGGUGAUAUCCAUAACACAAGCAAAGUAAUUGAAGGCAAGUUACUUGAUUUGUUGGAACAAGCAGAAACUAAUCUGAACAAGAAGAAAUGGGCAAUUGGACCUGUUCUGCCUACUAAACUCGAUCAUAUCUCAAAUAGGAACGAUAUAUGUUUGGAGUGGCUGAACAAACAACCUCCGAGAUGA